CGGCACGUCUAUAUAACAAAAUCACCGCCGUAACUGAACACCCUCGAUACCCAAUAUGCCUAUCACCGAAGCUCAAGUCCGUGAGAUCUUCAAACCGCUCGAGGAGGGCAACCCACCGGCUUUCUUCGAGAACGUCGCCGACAAUGUCAAUUGGCGUGUAACUGGAACGCAAAACCCUCUGGGCGGUGACUACACCUCCAAAGCCGACUUCCAGCAGAAAACCUUCGGGCGUCUCGGCGGUGUCUUGAAGACCAAGACCGUCCUUAAAGUUGUUGGCGUUAUUGUGAAUGACAGUAAUCAGGCGGCGGUCGAGCUUAAGGCUGAUGCUACGUGCAAGAAUGACUUGGAGUUUGCGAAUGAGUAUUGUUGGGUAUGUCAGUUUGACGAGGAAGGGAAGAAAAUCGUGAGGGUCAGAGCGUAUUUGGAUUCAGCUUUGGUGAAAAAGGCGCUGGAUGAGAACGAGUAGGCGCUGUGCGGGCUGCUUAAGCCUCUAGU